AGGAGGAGUUUACUCCACUUUUCUGGCACUGUUGAGUAUAACCAGUCUCUAUUGCCCACUAUCUGAAGGUGCAAGUCUUUUUUCACCUGCUUCUCAUCUCUUUGUAGGUCUGGGCUGUGUCCAUCUGUUGCAGCCAUGGCACCCAAAAAAAACAAGACUGCCAAAAAGAACAAAGGGGAUAACAAUGACAUUACUAUAAUGGUCGAGGAUAGCCCGAUCAAAAACAUUAACGGGCUGAACACCUUGUUGGAGGGAGGAAACAGCUUCACCUGCAUCUCAAGUGAAGUCACUGACCCUGUCUAUGCUCCUAACCUCCUGGAAGGUCUUUGUACCAUGAGGCAGGACAGUUUCCUCUGCGACCUGACCGUCUCUACAAAGUCAAAGUCCUUUGAUGUCCAUAAAGUUGUCAUGGCCUCCUGCAGUGAGUACAUUCAGAAUAUCCUGAAGAAGGAUUCCGCCCUCACGAAGAUCGACUUGAAUGACCUUUCACCCACAGGCCUGGCCACUGCCAUCACAUACGCCUACUCAGGUAAACUAACCCUGUCAUUGUACAGCAUUGGCAGCACCAUUGCAGCAGCCAUGUUGUUGAAGAUCAACACCCUGGUGAAGAUGUGCAGCGACUUCCUCAUGCAGGAGCUCAGCGUGGAGAACUGCAUGUACGUGGCCAACAUUGCCGACACCUACGGCCUCAAAGAAACCAAAGAAGCCGCCCAGAAGUUCAUGAGGGGGAACUUUAUCGAGUUCUCUGAGAUGGAACAGUUCCGGAAGCUCACCUACGAGCAGAUCAAUGACUUCCUCAGUGAUGACUCCCUGCAAUUGCCCUCUGAGAUUACAGCCUUCCAGAUAGCCAUGAAGUGGUUGGACUUCGAUGAGAAGAGACUGAAAUACGCCCCAGAUCUUCUGACCAACAUUCGCUUUGGCACCAUCUCAGCUAUGGACCUGGUCAAUCAUGUCCAGAAUGUGCCCAGAAUGAUGCAGGACCCCGAGUGCCAUCGUCUCCUGGUGGACGCCAUGAAUUACCACCUGUUGCCUUACCAGCAGAACAUUUUGCAGUCCCGCAGAACAAAGGUACGUGGUGGCCUCCGUGUCAUGCUGACAGUGGGUGGACGACCAGCUUUGGCGGAAAAAUCUCUCAGCAAAGAGGUUCUCUACAGGGAUGAGGAUGACGUAUGGAAUAGGCUGACAGAGAUGCCAGCCAAGAGCUUCAAUCAGUGUGUGGCAGUCCUGGAUGGCUUCCUUUAUGUUGCUGGUGGUGAAGACCAGAAUGAUGCCAGGAACCAGGCGAAACAUGCUGUCAGCAACUUCUGCAGGUAUGAUCCUCGUUUCAACACCUGGAUUCAUUUGACCAACAUGAUCCAGAAGCGCACCCACUUCAGUCUCAACACCUUCAAUGGUCUCUUGUUCGCUAUUGGAGGUCGUAACUCUGAUGGAUGCCAAGCUUCAAUGGAGUGCUACGUGCCUUCCUCCAACCAAUGGCAGAUGAAAACCCCCAUGGAGAUCCCCCGGUGCUGCCACGCCAGCUCUGUCAUUGAUGGCAAGAUCCUUGUUAGUGGUGGUUACAUCAACAACGCGUACUCCAGGGCUGUGUGCAGCUAUAACCCUUCCACUGAUAUGUGGCAGGAUAAGAACAGUUUGAGCUCCCCUAGAGGCUGGCAUUCCACUGCUACAGUCGGAGACCGGGCUUAUGUGAUUGGUGGCAGCCAGCUGGGUGGUCGUGGAGAGAGGGUGGAUGUCUUGGCUGUUGAGUGUUUCAACCCUCACAAUGGACAGUGGAGCUACUCUGCCCCGCUAAACACAGGAGUGAGCACUGCUGGUAUAGUCAGCAUGAAUAAUAAGAUCUAUCUCCUUGGAGGCUGGAACGAGAUUGAGAAGAGGUACAAGAAAUGCAUCCAGGUGUAUAACCCUGACCUCAAUGUAUGGACUGAGGAUGAUGAGUUGCCAGAGGCUACAGUUGGCAUCUCAUGCUGUGUCCUUACCAUACCCACACGCAAAACACGAGAGUCCAGGGCCAGCUCUGUUUCAUCUGCACCAGUCAGCAUAUAGAGUCUGGCAGGUUGUUUGAUGUAGUCUGCCAGAGGACCAAAAAUCCUCGAGCCAGUCCAAUUCAGAAAAUCCUUUAUGCAGAAAGUGAUCAUCCCUCUUUGAGUAAAAAAAAACAACUGAUAACCUACAAAUGUCACACACACACAUCUAAUUUGGAAUUGAAUCAGAUAUAUUCAAAUUGUUUUUUAUACGUUUUAUGAAGGAUGGAAUUUCUUCCAAAUUAAGGCAAAUCAUAAAAUUGUUAUGUGCGACAUCAAUUCAGGAAGUUGUUUUGUGUUGUGAGACAAAUUUAAAUAUUUUAUUAUCAAGGGAAACAUUUCUUUCCUUUUGGGGCCAAUUCAGCCGUAAUAGUUGAAUCAGCCCUACUCUCCCUAGACCACAGAUUUUAUUCCCAAUAUUAAACUUAUUUGGUGUUGUGCUAAUAGUAACUACAUUAUUUGUACAAUACACAUAAACAUGCCUAUAUGGUGAACCCUUGUUAUGUCACUAUCAUUACUUUCCAGUGACAUAAAGCUAAAUACACUGUAUAUAGUAUAAUCAACGACUGGACAUAUGAUGAUGAUGGAAGACCAUUGACUUAAAUCCUCAUAUACAGCAGUGGAGGCUGCUGAGGAGAGGACAGCUCAUAAAAAUGGCUGGAAUCCAUGGAAUGGCAUCAAACACAUGGUAAAC